AUGGAAUUUCUAUUUGCUGUAGCUAGAAACGAUGUGGAAAAAGUGCGAUCCAUGUUGCAAUCAGGCAUUGAUGUCAAUAGCUCGUUUAUUUGGAACUCCAAAGACACCUAUUCACCAGUCAUCCCUUCGGAUAUCAUCCAUCGGCCUGAUCUAUUGAGCAAUUUACAAAUCGAUCAGAAAUAUCAAUGUAAACCGUUGAACAUUGCUGUCCUGGGAGGCCACCCCAACAUGGUGCGAUUGCUGCUGAGUGCUGGUGCUGAUAUCAACAACAAGGACGGGCGAGGAAGAACUGCAUUGGUGUGUGCCAUCUACGGCUUGGAUCUGGAUGCAUCAAAUAUCAACACAUCCAACCUACAUUUGAUAUCUCAAACCAACCCAAGCCAUUUCGACAUCAUGAAGAAUAUCUUAUUGUGUCAUCCCAAUCUAUAUUAUGCGACAUUGGAUGCCCCUCAAUAUGAGAUCAAAGGGAUCACUCCUUUAUGUUUGGCAAGUUAUCUCGGAAAAGCUGAUAUUUUACAGUUGCUGCUGGAAGAUGGAAGAGUCAACGUCGAUGGCACUGAUAGUAAGAACGCAACUGCUUUGAUGUAUGCUGCCAGAGAUGGAAAUGUACCCAUUGUAAAGAUGCUACUCGCUUACCAUGCCUCGCCUGAUAUUACGGAUAGUCACGGUUGGUCUGCUAUCCAGUAUGCAGAGAGAAAUCCAGAGAUUGUCCAAUUGUGCGAGGAAGUGCUUCGAAUCAAGAGAUCAGAGCUUGUAACAUCAAACAACUGUACAGUAAAUUACCCCAUCAACUACGCCAAACUAUCUCAUCUUCUUUGCACGAUCCCCAACUACCCGUCAUCAUUAUCGCAUCUCCAGUUUGAUACACUGAAAGAAAUCGAUCAUAUUGAUCCUUCUGCAGCACCCCUUGUACAUAUAGUUCAGUCUGCAUUCCUACAAGCUAUUAAAAUUCAUGACCAUCACUCACUUCAAACCUUAUUGAUGAAAUCACCUCCUUUGAACGGCAUUCUACACAGUGGACCUCUGCUCAUCAAUCACCACGAUCCCAAGACUGGCCUCACUGCUUUCCACCAUGCGAUGCGUACCAAGCCAUUACCCUCUUUGGAUACCAUCACCAUGUUAUUUCAGGCUGGUGCUGAUAUGAAUUCCCAGACCUAUUAUGGUAGAACGGCACUACAUCAUUUGGCUAGGUUUGGCAUAGAUAAAGAUGGCCAAUCAUGGGGUAUCCAAAAGAGUAGCAAUGGUAAAGACACGGAGGCACAACAGCCAGUACCACCACCACUUCCACCGUCCACACUAUCAUCGACAGGAGUCAAUAUCCCUGAACAUUUGGCCAUGUGUGCAUCACUGUUGAUUCGUUUUGGUUCGCUCGUAAAUAUUGCUGAUCCAACUGGUAAUACGCCACUGCAUUUUGCUGCCGAAUUUGGCGGUGUCCCUGAAGUACUUGAAGUGCUGAUACUUGAGGGCGGUGCGGAUUUGAGUCUCAAGAAUAAAAAGGGUUUGACCCCUUUGGAUGUAUGCAAAUCAGAGGACAUCAAAAGAAGAAUGAUACAAUUGGAAUCGGAACGGAAACAUGCCAACAAGACGAAAUCUGUCAUUUCUUCACUGAGUGGCACGAUAAGACCUUUUGAUUCAGCAAGCGAAUACAAUCGAUCGUCUGUCACUCGCUCAGUAUCUCGAUCCACGACUGUUGCCCCUGCCAAUGCCAUCAACGUAAAGUCAAGGAUUUCCAAGGUGUCUGCCUCGUUUUUGUUUUGCGGUGAUGAUAGCAAGCAAAAGCUGCCCAUGUCCAAGCAAAAGCAACUGCUGAUGGCCACUAUCCAGCGCAAAAAGGGCGAUGUUAGCUAUGAAGAAUACUCUGAUUUCGAAGUGAUACUCAAGGCGUUUUUCGGCUAUCAAACCACCUUUACUGACUCUAUUGAAUCGUCAUUGGCAUACAUUACUGACUCCAUCUUGGGCUCUUGGAACAUGCAACAGAAUGAACACGUCUCUACUAUUCAGCAACUGGAGAAGACCAUCACACAACUGCGAUUUGAGCUUCGUGAAGCACACGAAAUGUUUGACUGCACUGAUCAGCUGGUUGAGAAGGUCAUGAUGUCCUUCCGUGAAGAGCUGGAGCAGGUAGAGCAAAUACACCAAGCAGAUUGGGAGAUGUCUGAAUUACAGCACGACAAGAUUGAGAAGCUGUUUGACGUGUUUGAGCGUAUUGAUGGGCGUUUCUGUCAGCUGGAACUUGCGCAAGAUGAUUUGAUCGGCCAAAUUGAACGACUCAGAAAGGCAGCUGCCAGAAAACAACAGCAACUCAAGAUGCAAGUCUGUGAAGAGGAGCCAGCGGAUAUCAGCCAUUGCGUUGCCCAUCUGUCUCAGUCAUUGCUGAUCCUUCAAACGGUGCCUAUUGACCAGGUGCUCUAUCUGCGUGACGAUAGAAACAGGCUCUAUCAAGACAUGACGGCGGUAGUAGAGCAAGUAGUGCAAGAAAUUGAGGUACAUUUGGAUCAGAACAAGCCAGACGACAAGCACACAUUGACACAAGCAAAAGCCUUGGUGCAGGAGCGCUGGCUCCAUGUCAAAGAGGUAUUGACCAAGACCUAUCCCGCUACAGCAGACAAAACCGAUGAGCAAAUGGCACAGCAACAACCUCACCAGCUGACUCGCUCCAUCAGUCAGCCUACUACGGUGCGUCAAAAACACACUAUCAUGGCCAACAUUUACAGCUUUCCCAGAAAAGAAGGAGCAGGCAUGGAUCACCCCUCACUCAACCAACUCGAGCUGUCGUUUGAUAUAUUGCACUCCAACUUGUAUGAAAUCCAAAAGGACAUUGAAGAGGUGACCGAGCAUCUAGAAAAGCUGAUGAUGAGCAAAAAGAAAAUGUACGAACUGUGCCUGUCACUAGAAAAGGAGCUGCACGAUCCCGAGAGAACACGCACGGAAGAUGAGAUCAAGUCAGAGCUGAGCCAACUCAUGAUAUUCACACAACAGCUAUUCGACAAGCAACAUGCGCUAGACAAGGAGAGAACACAGCUACUGAAGGAAUACACUGACAUUGAGCAGCAACUGAAUACUACACGGGAUUCACUCCAUAAGGUGCGACCACCUGCUUUAUUGCAGGGUCUCUUGGACAGGUUGGAUACAGACGAAACUCCCUGUGUUCGUGUGGAAAAGGACUGGAAGGAAGACUCCAAUCUAGUGUCAGAGAUUGUCAUGGAUCCACAAGCAGAGGACGAUGAAAGCUGUGCUUCCUCUGCCACAUCGACUUCACAGCAGCAAGAAAUGCAGCUCACUGCACUGCAAUCCAAGCAGCUCGGUGCUCAGUGCACAUCCAAACUCUCCACCCUAUGCUACAUUGCAAGACUGGACGCAAGCCUGUACUGUCUCAAGGUGCUUGCUAGCCAUGCCAUCAGCAAAUCCCGUCAGCAUUUGUUGCAGGUACAAGCCUCUCUGGGACAAGCCAGCACAGACCUCGAUGACACCAGAAACCAAAUGACUCAACUGUACGACGAUGCAGCUGAAGUAGCGCGUCAAGUGUUUGCUCUCAAGACGGAACUGGAGACGAUUGUCAGACAUCGAAAAGAAGAGGUUGUCAAAGUGUGGGAGGUUGUCGACGAGGUUUCUGAAGGUGUGGACGCAAAAGCCAUCCAAUGUCAACAACAGCAACAGCAGGUGCAAUCACAGAAACAGCCAAAAUCACAGCAAAAGAUACCAUUGCAAGUGGUGGCAGACCAAGGUGAGAAACAACAGCAUCACCAACAGCAAGACCGCAUUGAGGAGCAAGAUCGUCAUCAAUGGAUUAUUCGAGAAUUGGAGCAAUUGCAACAUGUGCAUGAAAGCUUGCAGGAUGCGAUUGACGAGCUAAAGCAAGAACAAGCCAUGAUAGGUCAAAGUCUGCGACAAUUAGCCAGUGUGUUCAUUGAGCCUCAAGUGGACAAGUUGGUUGGCCAAGAUGAAACGUCUUUGCUGUCUGUUAGUGAUCGAUUAGCUGAAUUAAUGGAUCGUGUGCGUGAUAAUGAGAUUGGGCUGAGACCUACCUCCAUGUCUUUAUCUUCUGUCAUGCAGCAAGAAACAGAAAAGAAUCGUGAGGGAGCAGCCUCAGUGCCAGUAAAAUCUAAUACGACAGGCGUUGGUCCUCGCAUCCAUCCUGCAAACAAGAACACUGCCAACAACAGCAACAACAGACUGUCUCGUUUAUCUGCUGCUACAAAUCGUUUAUCUGCUUCUACCUACAACAGCAACCGCUCCUCGUACUAUGUGCGAUCUCCCUCAAGCGCUGUGCUGGACAAUGCCAAUAGCAGCAAACGAUUAUCUGCAGCAAUGAGUAUUCGCACUGACAAGAAGCGUAUGUCUAUCAUCUCUGCAACAAGUCUGUCUUCAUUGUCCUCUUAUCAACAGGAGAGAAUGAUGGCCAGAGCUUCCAACUUGAGCAGCGUCUUGUCUAAAGUACAGCAGCAAAAGAAUUCCAGCAGUAACAAGCAAAUUACAUCUAGAAAGUAA